CCAACAGUCUGUUUGAUACCAGAGGUUACAGGAUCAUAUAGACAUUUGAUUAGCUUGUUGCAGACUUUUGCAGGAUUCAUGUACUAGUACAUAUAUCAUACUUCAUACUUGUGAUAACUAUCCAACGAUAUUUUACUAUAUAGAUGAAGACUAAAUGGAAAACAUUGUGUUUUUGUAUAGGUGGAUUUUCAAUAAUAAGCAUGUUUAGCAUAUCAAACUUUUUACGGGUUUAUCUAAGUGUAUAUCUGGGAUGGAAGGUUAACUGCCUUGAUAUAAUUAAUGGCGACAAAGGAGAAAUUGUAAAAGCACUUCAAUACAUGAAAUAUAAUUCACCAAUCCGUCUAUUGGACAAAGACUUCAUCAAUAUAACCACGAACUGUUCGAAUUUCUUAGAGACUUUUGGCUACAACAUUUAUCCAAUCACAGACGAGGAAAGACAUUUUCCGAUUGCCUUCAGUAUUCUAACUUUCAAGGACGCGGAUCAGACUGAACGUUUGCUGCAUUCAAUUUAUCGUCCUCAUAACUUCUAUUGUAUACAUGUAGAUAACAGUUCUUCGAGUUAUUUACAUGAAGCAUUCCUAGUAAUUACUAAGUGUUUCAAAAAUGUGUUUAUUGUCUCAAAGACGGAAAACAUUAUCUACAAACAUAUUUCACGCCUUAAGGCGGAUAUCAACUGCAUGUCGGAUCUUUUGAUAAAGUCAAGAAAAUGGAAAUAUUUCAUAAAUUUACCUCACCAACAGUUUCCUUUGAAGACAAACUUAGAACUCGUAAAGAUAUUGAAAAUAUAUAAUGGUGCUAAUGAUAUCGAAGGCAUUACAUCGUCUAAGCGGAUGGUAUCAGAGCGAUAUAUGUAUAGCUACAAAAAUGUUAACAACUCUUUGGUGCGUAUAGGACUGAAAAAUGAUACUAUGCCGUAUAACGCAAGUAUUGUAAAAGGUAGUGCGUAUGGUGUUUUUAGUCGAAAAUUUGUUCAAUAUGUAGUAUUUGACCAAAGGUCUAAAGAUGUACUUAACUAUAUGGAAGACAUCAUGAGUCCAGAUGAAUAUUAUUGGGCUACUUUGAAUCAUAAUGAAAUUUUAAAAGCGCCAGGUAGAUUCACAGGCAACCCUGAAAUGAAGUCUUGGCUUGCCGUUUAUGCUGCUUGGGAUGGGACAGAUCAGUGUAACGGAAAAUUUGUCAGAGACAUUUGUGUUUUUGGUGUUGGAGAUUUAAAAGAACUCGUGUCAAGAAAAGAACUAUUUGCAAAUAAAUUCUAUCUGGAUUUUCAAUACCUAGCUCUGGAAUGUUUAGAAGAGUAUGUCAAUAACAAAACAUUUAAUCCAAUGCGAUUUGAUGCCUUGUAUUACAAACAAUUAUCAUUUAUAAGAAAGACUUAAGGGAAUUCGAUCCCUACAUCUGUUUUCAAAGAGAUUAAUUAAUGACUUUUUAAAUUGGUAGUUUAUGAAUGUCGGAAAU